GGCAGCCCAAUGGAUCCAAUGGUGAUGAAGAGACCGCAGUUGUACGGGGUGGGCAGUAACCCUCAUCCUCAGCCACAGCAGAGCAGCCCCUACCCAGGAGGUUCCUAUGGCCCCCCAGGCCCACAGCGGUAUCCACUGGGCAUCCAGGGCCGGACGCCGGGGACUAUGGGCGGAAUGCAGUACCCACAGCAGCAGAUGCCACCUCAGUAUGGACAGCAAGGUGUGAGUGGUUACUGCCAGCAGGGCCAGCAGACGUACUACAACCAGCAGCAGCCGCAGCCCCCGCACCUCCCGCCGCAGGCGCAGUACCUGCCCUCCCCGUCCCAGCAGAGGUACCAGCCGCAGCAGGACAUGUCUCAGGAAGGCUACGGAACUAGGUCCCAACCUCCUCUGGCCCCUGGAAAACCUAACCAUGAAGACUUGAACUUAAUCCAACAAGAAAGACCAUCAAGCUUACCAGUGGAAGUCUUGGCCUCGGAGGAUGCAGCCUUUGGACUCAAGGACCUGUCUGGCUCCAUCGACGACCUCCCCACGGGCACGGAAGCAACCCUGAGCUCAGCAGUCAGUGCAUCUGGGUCCACGAGCAGCCAGGGUGAUCAGAGCAACCCCGCUCAGUCACCCUUCUCUCCACACGCGUCCCCCCAUCUCUCCAGCAUCCCUGGGGGCCCGUCGCCUUCUCCUGUGGGCUCUCCUGUCGGAAGCAACCAGUCACGGUCUGGCCCUAUUUCUCCUGCGAGUAUUCCAGGCAGUCAGAUGCCCCCUCAGCCACCUGGGAGCCAGUCAGAAUCCAGUUCCCAUCCUGCCUUGAGCCAGUCACCAAUGCCACAGGAAAGAGGUCAGUCUUCGCUUCCCAUCUUACACGCCUGCUGUGCUUUAAGUGUGCACGCUUAUGUGAGCUUACUUACCUGUGCGUCUCCUUACAAAUGCUUUCAGGGGCUAUUAAAUCUCCCCAACAUGUAACAGCCAAUACGGAGG